AUGCUGCAUCACAUCCGCGAGGGUCAGACGCUCCACUUCAAGGAUCUCCAACAGCUUGUUGCUCGUGCCGGAUUUAAAGUUUGGCGCUGCCACCAGCACAUCCCGCGCACAGGCAAUGCAAACGCUUCUCUGGAGCGAAGUCUCAACGACAGCACAGAAGAUGACCUGGAAGUGCCUCGUACUCUGGAGCAGCGUUCGGUCCUGGCCGUGUUCCAUGAAUACUUUGAGUGCCGCGAGAUCAAGCCCCGCCUCCGCAAACUGGGCGAGCUGCUUCAACUAACUCGGUAUUCGGGGCCGGAGAACGAGUAUUGCAUUGAGCGGAAGGUCCUCCUUAGCUUUCAACAAUUGCUGGACACGGUCCAGUGCAGUAGGGCACAAUUUGAGGACGGUCUACGGAACUUUCGCGCCUUGGAAUUCGAUGGUCAUAUACGCGUAUUGGAAUACGAGUACGGGUAUCGAAUAAUCAGUCUGAUGCUCGGUUUGAUCAGCGAAAACUCCUGGGCCCUGGACGAAGUGGAAAGGGGGGAAACAAUCAGCGCUUUGAAGAGCAUUGCACCAGAGCCUGUAGUGACUGGGCUCUUUGACAUCUAUACCAUUCCCAGCGAGCGCUGUCCAGGCCAGUUCUCCUACCAGGAAUCCCUGGUCGCUCGGAUUGUCGCCCAGAACAUUCUGCAGCCGGGGCUGCGUUUCCGCAAUGAGGAAUUUAUGCAUUCCUGGCAGGAGGCCCGAGGGCAUGAGGGAUCUGUUCAAGACGAAACGCAAAUGGACCCUGGAGGAGAUGGAACCGUAUAUUGAGUGUUUCACAACUCCAACUCUGUCUGUAUCCACUUUGCUGGCCAAGAACGCGCGUUCUCUGACAGAGGUACUACGUGUCGAAGCACUGAUCGACUUAUCCGGAACUUUAUUCGUAUAAUCCUUUGUGAAUCUUUUAAGUAAAAUAAUGUUGAUUUAGGCAUUUUU